UCCCCCCGCUGUCCUCGCGCCGUGUGAGUGUCCCCGCGCCGCCUCGCGCACUCACUCACAGCAUGGAGUACGAGUGGAAGCCGGACGAGCAGGGCCUCGCGCAGAUCCUGCAGCUGCUCAAGGAGUCCCAGUCCCCGGACACCAGCACGCAGCGAUCCGUGCAACAAAAACUGGAGCAGCUCAAUCAGUUUCCAGACUUCAAUAACUAUCUAAUUUUUGUUCUCACGAAGUUAAAGUCUGAAGAUGAACCUACGCGAUCUUUGAGUGGAUUAAUAUUGAAAAAUAAUGUAAAGGCACAUUUUCAGAACUUUCCAAAUGGGGUAACGGAUUUUAUCAAAAGUGAGUGCUUAAAUAACAUCGGAGAUUCUUCCCCAUUAAUCCGUGCAACUGUAGGCAUUUUGAUUACUACAAUUGCCUCUAAAGGAGAGUUGCAGAAUUGGCCAGAGCUUUUACCAAAGUUGUGCAGUUUGUUGGAUUCUGAGGAUUACAACACAUGUGAGGGUGCCUUUGGAGCCCUUCAGAAAAUAUGUGAAGAUUCUGCUGAGAUUUUAGACAGCGAUGUUUUGGAAAGACCUCUUAAUAUCAUGAUUCCAAAGUUUCUGCAGUUUUUUAAGCAUAGUAGUCCUAAAAUAAGGUCACAUGCUGUUGCUUGUGUCAAUCAGUUCAUCAUUGGAAGAACACAAGCACUUAUGUUGCAUAUAGAUUCUUUUAUAGAGAAUCUCUUUGCUUUGGCCACUGAUGAAGAACCCGAGGUGCGCAAAAAUGUUUGCCGGGCACUGGUAAUGCUGCUAGAAGUUCGAAUGGAUCGAUUGCUUCCUCACAUGCACAAUAUUGUAGAGUACAUGCUACUGAGGACGCAGGACCAAGAUGAAAAUGUUGCUUUGGAGGCGUGUGAAUUUUGGUUGACACUGGCUGAGCAGCCGAUCUGCAAAGAUGUUCUGUGUAGACAUCUUCCAAAAUUGAUACCGGUCUUAGUAAAUGGAAUGAAGUAUUCCGAAAUCGAUAUAAUCUUACUUAAGGGUGAUGUUGAAGAGGAUGAAGCUGUACCGGACAGUGAGCAGGACAUUCGGCCUCGCUUCCAUAGAUCAAGGACAGUAGCUCAGCCUCAUGAAGAAGAUGGUAUUGAGGAAGAUGAGGAUGAUGAUGAUGAUCUGGAUGAUGAUGAUACAAUAUCUGACUGGAAUAUACGAAAAUGUUCUGCUGCAGCUCUUGAUGUGCUAGCCAAUGUGUUCAGAGAUGAACUUUUGCCACACAUCUUGCCUCUUUUGAAAGAGUUACUUUUCCAUCCAGAAUGGGUCGUCAAGGAGUCUGGAAUCCUGGUGCUUGGAGCAAUUGCUGAAGGUUGCAUGCAGGGUAUGAUUCCAUACCUCCCGGAGCUAAUUCCCCACCUUAUUCAGUGCCUGUCUGAUAAAAAGGCUCUUGUGCGCUCUAUCACGUGCUGGACUCUUAGCCGCUAUGCACAUUGGGUAGUUAGCCAACCCCCAGACAAUUUUUUGAAGCCAUUAAUGACAGAGCUGCUAAAACGUAUCUUAGAUAGCAACAAGCGAGUACAAGAAGCGGCUUGCAGUGCCUUUGCUACACUAGAAGAAGAAGCUUGUACAGAGCUUGUUCCAUACUUGGCUUACAUUUUGGACACUCUGGUCUUCGCUUUUAGUAAAUACCAGCAUAAAAACUUGCUCAUCCUUUAUGAUGCCAUCGGGACCUUAGCGGAUUCUGUAGGACACCAUUUGAACAAGCCAGAGUACAUUCAGAUGCUUAUGCCUCCUCUCAUUCAAAAAUGGAAUGUGCUAAAGGAUGAGGACAAGGAUCUCUUCCCUUUACUUGAGUGCCUAUCUUCUGUCGCUACUGCACUUCAGUCUGGUUUUCUACCAUACUGUGAACCUGUAUAUCAACGCUGUGUGAACCUGGUUCAAAAAACUCUUCAACAAGCCAUGUUGCACAAUGCACAGCCUGAUCAAUACGAAUCUCCAGAUAAAGAUUUCAUGAUCGUUGCUUUGGAUUUACUAAGUGGAUUGGCUGAAGGGCUUGGUGGUAACAUAGAACAACUGGUAGCUCGAAGCAAUAUCCUCACGCUAAUGUACCAAUGCAUGCAGGAUAAAAUGCCGGAGGUACGGCAGAGUUCAUUUGCUUUGUUGGGAGAUCUGACAAAGGCAUGUUUUCAACAUGUCAAAGUAUGCAUAGCUGACUUCAUGCCCAUUUUAGGAACUAAUCUAAAUCCUGAAUUAAUUUCUGUCUGCAACAAUGCCACUUGGGCAAUUGGUGAAAUUUCCAUCCAGAUGGGAAUUGAUAUGCAGCCUUAUGUUCCAAUGGUGUUACACCAACUUGUAGAGAUCAUUAACAGACCCAACACACCAAAGACUCUCUUAGAGAAUACAGCAAUAACAAUUGGUCGUCUUGGUUACGUUUGUCCUCAAGAGGUGGCCCCCAUGCUACAGCAGUUUAUAAGACCCUGGUGCACCUCAUUGCGCAACAUUCGAGACAAUGAGGAAAAGGACUCUGCAUUCCGUGGAAUUUGUACUAUGAUCAGUGUUAACCCUGGUGGAGUAGUUCAGGAUUUUAUAUUUUUCUGUGAUGCUGUUGCAUCAUGGGUUAAUCCAAAAGAAGACCUUCGAGACAUGUUCUGUAAGAUUCUUCACGGAUUUAAAAAUCAAGUAGGGGAUGAAAACUGGAGGCGUUUCUCAGACCAGUUUCCUCUUCCCUUGAAAGAACGUCUUGCAGCUUACUAUGGAGUUUAACCUAGUUGCUAUAUAGCUGCAGUCUCAUCAUUAGGGGUCCUUCAGUCUGGGAGACAGCGGGGGAGCCUCUGCACCCAGGGAAAAUGCUACCCUAAUACAGGGGGGAAGGGCAAACCAGUAGGAAACAGUACAAUCCCAAAGCCUACUGGGAGGGGCGGGAGGGAGGUGUUGCCGUCACUGUAUUAAGUCGAUGUUGGGAAACGUUUAAAUGUCUGGAGCCUUGGUGGGUGGAAAUAUGUCUCCUUUACAAUUCUGCACUGGAUGUGAAGAAGCAAACAAAGAAUAUAAUCUCCAAACAGCACAUUCUGGUAUAUGGGGAAUUGUAUCAAAAUGAGAACCUUAUAACGGGACUCUAGGGGGUUAAGUAAGGAAAAAUAAUUUUUUGCACACGUUAGAGAAAAUCUUAUGGGGUUAUAGCAGUAAAAGGCAUUUAUUUUAAAGCAAAAGGGUUGCCUAAAUGUGUCUCACUCUAAUUGGGAGUUAUUGGUGUUUGCAUGUUAAUGAAGACAUACACAAAUGAAGUCAAUGCAGAGUUUAAAAAAAAAAAAAAAAAAUGCAGCUUGCUAUGCGUAUUACAAGCAGGUACUUACAGUCUACAGCUCAGCUGCCUGUCUGGUGAAUAAAGAUCUACUGCAUAACGUGACGCCCACCAGAAUGCCAAAUUUAGUGUUUUUGUUUUUAUUUAUUUAUUUUUGUUGACGGGAAGGAACACAAGGAAAGAAUAAAUCCUUAGUUUUUAGUUUACAAUAACUCAUUAAUACAGUAAUUAUUUUUUUAUAAGUCCUCUGUAAUUAGCGAUACAUUAAAGUCUCUGGCAUUUUUGAUAUCUUCAGUGCUUGGAUACCAUAGCAUUGCCAUGCAAUGUUGAUUUGGUUUCUCCUGAAGCUUGAAGAGAUUUGCAGUCCAAGGUUGUCACAGUGAUAAUAAACCUAAUUUAGAGGGUGGGUAGCUUGCUUGCACCACGUGGUAAGAUAGGCAAACAUUGACCUGUAUGAGACUUUCCCCCCCGCCCUCUUUUUUUUUUUUUUUUUUCUCUCAUGUUGCAGUUUAAGAAUUCAAUAUAGCCUUGCAUUUGAGAUGUUUUUACAUUUCUUAGAAUUGUAUUUUUAAGAAACUCUCUGGCUAUACAGUGCUUCAAACUAUAGUUAAAACGUAACCCUUUUCCCUUUGCCAGAAGUGAAGGGCUUGCUGAGCCCCUGGCAAACAAUUCUGGCUGCUAAACAGGUUAGGUAAAGUAUCUCUAGCUCCUGUUAAGAAGAAGAAGAAGAAAAAAAUCUAAUCAAUUAUUGUAUUGUAACAUAACGUGGAAAGCUGAUCUACCUAUACAAACCCCCCUUUGCCUCUGUGCUGUCAGUGUGAUGUGCUUUCUGCAUGGUUAAAUACUAGUGAUUUUAUGAUAACUCGGAAUUACAAGGCAUAAGAACAGUUUAAAAGAAUGCAUAAAUAAAUGUUGGCGCAAAUUGGAAAUGGUAAAGUUGGAGGUAACCAACAUGUUGCAAUCUAGUUGUAGAACUGCAACUCCCUUGGUGCUAAAGGCUGGCAAAGCAUCAUGGGAGUUGUAGUUCUUAAUCUACUGGGAAGCUACUAAUUGGUAAACUCUGAUAGUAAUUAAGGUAAUUGCUAUAAUUCAGUGUUUAUUUCCACUUCAACAUAGUACAUUCAAUUUUUUUUUUCCCCCUUUCAAAGCAUGAUCAUUAAACCAAUAAGUUGACAGAUGUGUCGCAGGGUAUAUGCACUGUAUUGGCGCAUGUUGGUGGCCCUUUGUACCCUGAAUACACAUUGGGGUUAAUGUUUAAAAGCUAUAGAAUGAUUGAUUUUUUUUUUAUUUUUUAUUUUUUUUUGUUUUUGUUUUUUUCAACCCCUCCCCCACCUUUUUGUUUUGUUUUUUUAAUUUUUUUAUUUCUAUUUCAUUUGUUCAGCUAUUUCUGUUGCUUUCUCCACCUGUAAUCCUGUGAAUAAACCCUCGUUAAUUUAACCUUUUACUUUUCUUUCCAUGUGUAUUUUCUUAUGUACUGUGAAUGUGAAACUUUAACUGCUGGCACAUUAAAUAAUGUGUCCUCAUAAAAGUGCAAGUCUUUAUUAAUUCAUAUAGCCUCAAAGGUAUCCCAUGAUGAUAAAGAACCCAACCUCUGCAGGUCAGAGCCCCAACCCCCGCUUUCAGUUUCAUUAAGCGGAGUUUAAAUGUGUUAAUAGAAAAAAAAGCCAUACCAUUUUAUUUUUAAUAAUAUAUAAUUUUUUUUUUCUGUAUUAGUGCUU